AUGUCUACUGUACCAUCAGGCAUCCCCCUAGAUACCGCUGCCAUCAUGUCAUCAGUGCUGGAAGGUAUUUUAUAUGGCUUUUCCGUCCUCAUGUUCAUAGGUUUCGUAUGGACAUUUACGGACAAAAAAAACGUGCGGGACGUCAAUCGGCCAAUCGCUGCAGUUGCCACCCUGCUGCUCGCACUAAGCACUGCGCACAUAGUCAUAGGGAUCAUUCAUCUCGAAGCUGGACUGGUACAGUAUCGUGACACGUACCCAGGAGGUCCAAUGGCGUUCUUCUCAGACUUUCACAGAGGAACAUUUGUGGCCAAGAAUGCGAUAUACACGUUGCAAACUCUGCUUGGUGACGGAGUGGUGAUUUAUCGAUGUUACGUCGUGUGGCAAUCUGUUUGGAUUAUCAUCUUGCCGUGCAUCAUGUGGUGCGGUGUCGGAGCGUUUGGUGUCUCUUCGGUCUACUACUUUUCGAAAGCAACGACUAGUGACAUCGAAAAUUUCUUCAGCAGCGAGCCUGGACAUUGGGUCGCGACAUUCCUUGCCUUCACACUUGCUACCAAUGUGUUAAGUACCGGAUUACUGGCAUAUCGCAUCUGGAUGAUCGAACGCGAGGUCUCUGCAAUUUGCGCCACGAGAACUAAAGUGCCUAUAUUGCGUGUGCUUAUAGAUGCUGCUAUCUUGUACUCUGCGGCGCUCUGCUCCUCACUAAUGUGUUUCGCCCUCGGGAACAAUGGGCUGUAUGUUAUGGGUGACAUGAGCGUCCCGAUCGUCUCCAUUACCUUCUAUAUGGUGUUUAUUCGCAUCGCGACUAGUCGAAACAAUCAACAUUACGUCCCGGCUUAUACAUCUAUACCACUUAUCUCACAACAUUUCAGGCAGGAGCUACUUCGGCGCCAGGACCUUUAAUUACUAUAUACUUAACGUUGCAAGUGUCGAUUGAGGGGUCUAAUCUUUCGGAAGCGGAACUGGCAAGUGUGUGCCGGAUCCAAAUAACAGGACAAUGUGCGCACUUCGUUCUUUGCGCCAGAGUCUACUUUACAUUGUGCGCUCUUGUGAUAGUUCUCCCUAUUGUGACCGCUUAAUCUCACUUCACCCGACAUAACAAACCUAGACCGUAAACCGAUCAAACGAGCCCACGACCCCCCUAGCACUUUCCUCCUUUGCCCAGCCUGCAUCGAACAUGCAGUACCUUGUCAAUAUCGAUAUUUGAAAAAAUUAGACCAUCC